CUAAGCAAUGAAAUAUAAUCUUUUUGAGAGAGUAGAUUAACGUUAAGAUCUAUAGAGAUAUAUUAAUAUAAAAGAUUUUUCUUGGAAAUCGGAGCAUUAGAACUUUUUUCAUGGAUACUGGCUAUGCCAUCGUUGCAUCUUUUAGUUUAUGAUAUUGGUAAAGCGUCUUUUCUUAUGAAAAAGGUUAGGUUGUGUUUAUGAGAGUGUUUACAGUAAGCUUUUAUUAUUGAAAUUCAUGUAGGUUUUCUCUGGGCGUGAACGAUAUCAUAUUUUAGCAGGUUUCUUCUACAUAAUUGAAUAUUUUAUAAACCGGCAAGAUGUCGGGAGGGAUGUUGUAUGGAGGUGAUGAAAUUGGUGCACUGGUAUUUGAUCUUGGUCACCAUUCUUUACGUGUUGGCUAUGCACAAGAAGAUACACCCAAGGCUGAGAUCCCUGCCGUUGUUGGGGUCGGUGAAGAUGGAAAUUGUACAGCUGCUAAAGUUGAGCCCAUGGAUGUUGAUGAUAAGAAACCAGACAAUAAUAUAACACAAUCUGGGACCAAAUAUUAUAUUGAUACUACCGUACUUCAUGUACCUCGUAAAAAUAUGGAAGUCGUUAGCUAUAUGAAGGAUGGUAUGAUAGAGGACUGGGACCAUUUUGAAAAGGUUUUAGAUUAUACCUACUCCAAAGUUAUUCGAUCGGAUGCUGAAUAUCAUCCCGUAUUAUUUUCUGAAUCGCCUUGGAACAUACGUAGCAAAAGAGAGAAGCUGACUGAGCUUAUGUUUGAGAAGUACAAUGUACCAGCAUAUUUCCUGGUCAAAAAUGCUGUUCUCGCAGCCUUUGCUAACGGACGAGCUACUGGAAUUGUAGUUGAUUCCGGUGCUACUCACACUUCUGCUGUUCCUGUCCAAGACGGCUUUGUUCUCACUCAAGCAAUCGUAAAAUCUCCACUGGGAGGUGACUAUAUAAGCAUGCAAUGCCGACAAUUUUUACAAGAUAACGAUAUAGACCUUUCGCCAUCGUACAUGGUGGGUAGUAAGGAAAUUGUCAAAGAUCAUGAAAAACCUCGAUGGGUCAAAAAGAAAGGACUCCCAGAAGUGACAAAGUCCUGGCACAAUUAUAUGGUAAAGAAGCUAGUGCAAGAUUUCCAGGCGACGGUUUUACAAGUCUCCGAGACUCCCUAUGACGAAAAGAUAGUAUCUACCGUACCAGCAGUACAAUAUGAAUUCCCAACGGGAUAUCAUCAGGACUUUGGUAGUGAACGGUUCAAAAUCCCGGAAGCCCUCUUCGACCCAAGUAUGGUCCAAAUGCGUGGGGGGAUGGUCGGCAACACAAUGUUAGGCGUCGGCCACAUAGUUACAACAAGCGUCGGGAUGUGCGACGUCGACGUCCGACCUGCCCUAUAUGGCAGCGUUGUUGUUACUGGUGGAAAUUCAUUUAUGCAGGGCUUUCCUGAACGACUGAACCGUGAUCUUUCAAUGAGAAUACCGUCAAGUAUGCGCUUGAAAUUAAUAAGUGCUAAUGGAUGUGCUGAGAGAAGAUUCGGCGCCUGGAUAGGCGGCUCGAUUUUGGCGUCGAUCGGGACCUUUCAGCAGAUGUGGAUAUCCAGCCAGGAAUACGAAGAAAGCGGAAAGAGUCAAGUUGAACGAAAGUGCCCCUGAGUCUACGUGGUAUUUAUAAACACUGAGUUAAAGAUAUAAACAUUUUUCGUAUUAAAAAAUACUUCACGCGACUUCACUACACGUAAAGAAUUGCAAGAAAUCCGUUGCGACGCCUCUGGCUACUGUUAAACAAUUUUUUCCAAGACACUUCGCAUUUAAUCGUCAGUGAAAUGCGAACCAUUUUGGAUUAAUUGGUAUACGAGUUUUUGUCUGCAUUAACGUACGCGUUUAUUAUAUUAUGUAAUCUGUGACAUUUGUAAAAUAGACUGGACAAUAUUGAAUCGAGUA